GAUAAGUCCAUUCAGGAGUUCUACAAUGAGAUGACUACUUAUUGGGAUCAGCUUGCUUUGAUGGAACCGUCCGAUUUGCAGUUACUUGACAGUUAUAUCAAGUAUCGGGAGAAACAACAUCUUGUUCAAUUUCUCAUGGCCCUUCGUGAUCAAUUUGAGCCACUUCGGGGAGCUAUUCUUCAUCGGUCUCCCUUGCCUUCUGUGGAUGGUGCUGUCCGUGAGCUUAUUGCGGAAGAAACUCGGUUUAAGGUGGCUCAUGGUACUCCUGCUUCCCAGUCAGUUUUUGCCACUCCUCCGCUUUUGCCCACCCCAUCUUCUCAUUUAUUUCAAGUUACUGGUAAGCCCAAGCCUCGGGUUUCCAUGGAUGAGUGCAGCUUCUGUCAUCAAAAAGGCCAUUGGAAACAUGCAUGUCCUAAACUUUUGCAGCCCAAGGGUCGUUCAUCUGGUUCACCAUUCGCUAAGCCGACAUUUUCAGGAUCUCGCUCAUCUGCCGCCUUUUCUGCACCAGUUUCUGAGAAUGAUCCAUCUUCCAAUAUGCAGUCUAUGUUUGAGCAGUUCAAGUCUUUCAUGGUGGCCAAUCCAAAUCUUUCGUCCCAAGCCUCCGCUAUGACUACCACUCAAUUCGGUUUGUCUGGUUCAUCCUCUUCAGGACCGGGUAUCCAAGAGACAGAUUGGGAUCGGGCGUAGAGUUGGAGAACUA